AUGGAUCCAAACUGGAAAGAAGUAUUCGUUGGUGAUCUCCCCGGCUCAGUUGAUGAGAAUUUCAUCAAAGAGAUUUUCAAGGAUUACGGCAGCUUCCCAUCAGGCACAGUCACAGUCAAGAAGCAUAAAUCUCUUGACAAGUCCUUUGCUUUUGUCACAUUCGAAUCCCACGAAUUAGCCAAGCGUGCUAUUUCCGAAGUCAACUACACCAAGCUCGAUGGUGUUCCAAUCCGUAUUCUUUGGUCCGAUCCAGGCACAAAGAGAGCCAUCAAGAACAACGUUGGUGCUCUUUUCAUCCGUGGUCUUGAUGAGAACAUUGAAGUUUCACAGCUUCACGAUGCCUUCUCCAACUUCGGUGAAAUCGUUUCCUGCAAGAUCCCGUUAACAAACGGCAAGUCUCGUGGCUACGGCUUCAUCACAUUCUACAAGGAAGACGAUGCCAAGCGUGCUAAGACCGAUCUUGCUGAUGCUUCCAUCAACGGCAAGCCAAUUCAGAUCGAGUUCUACCAGAAGCCAACCAGGAAGAACCCAGAAGAGACAUUCACAAACGUCUUCAUCAAGCCACUUCCAGCCGACAUCUUCAAGACAGACGAUGACCUUGCUAAUUUUUUUAAGGAGUUCGGUGACUUUGUUGUCACCGGCAAGGCCAACCCAGCCAUUAAGCGCAAGGAAGAUGGCAGCAGCUGUGAAUUUGGUUUCUGCAACUUCAAGCACCACGAAGACGCCGUCAAGGCCGUCGACGCCCUCAACGGCAAGCAGCACGAAUCCGGCAAAGUCACAUUUUCCUGCUGCCGUGCCCAGACUAAAGCCGAGCGCCAAGCCUUCUUAGCCAAGCAGUCCGCCGAGUUCCGCCGCCGCCUUAACGAAGAGACACGUGGUCGUAACCUUUACGUCAAGAACUUCGACCAGAGUGUCACCGACGAACAAUUCAAAGAAUACUUCGAGCAGUUCGGUGAAGUCGAGAAGUGCAGCAUCAGACGCGAAGCUCAGGAGCCACACGAAUCUAAGGGCUUCGGCUUUGUUCUUUUCAAGACAAAGGAAAGUGCUCAGAAUGCUCUCGAGAACGCCGUCAUCACCCCACUCAAUGGCAAGACCCCAUACAUUGGUCUCUUCAAGAUGAAAGAAGAGCGCGAGCGUGAGAAAGCCAGCAACCAGAGGAAGCAGCAGCCUAAGGGCGCCAUGAUUCCAAACACCAUUGGUGGACCUGUCAUUCCAACACAGCAGAUCAUGAUGCAAUCCAUGAUGAUGCCACAAGUUCCAGUCUCAGCUCCAGCCACAUCCAAGGACCUUCUCAAGAACGAACUUACCGAGCGCAACAUCAGCGGCAGCAAGCUUAAGGCUAUCCUUUCCUCCAUCUCCGAAGAACAAGCCAAGUCACUUUGCAGCGAUCAAGAAAAGUUGAACCACUGGGUUGAAGAGAAGACCAAGAUGUAA